AUGGAUUCCAUAUUCCACGAAAAACAAGAAGGGUCACUGUGCGCUCAACACUGCUUAAACGCAUUACUCCAGGGCCCUUUCUUCACUGCUGUGGAUUUGGCUGAAUUAGCUGCUCAGCUGGACGAGGAUGAACGGAGUGCCCUAGAGCACGGUUGCAACUCUUCACAUGUAUCUAAUAACAUGGAUGAAGCUGGUUAUUUUUCCAUCCAGGUGAUCAGCAAAGCCCUUUCCAUUUGGUCUCUCGAACUCGUGCCGUUCCUUCGUCAAAGCUCAGAAGCUGAAUCCGCCAGGCAACAUCCAGAACAGCAACGAGCUUUCAUCUGCAAUUUCCGUAAACACUGGUUCACAAUUCGCCGUUUCGGGAACCAGUGGUUUGACUUGAAUUCAACCUUAUCAAAGCCUCGGUUGAUCUCCACUACAUAUCUAAACAUCUACUUAGCCCAACUACAACAAGAGGGCCAUUCCAUCUUCUUCGUUACGGGUACUUUACCGGAUUGUGAGGCGGAGCAACUGAUUGCGCUUUGUCCAGUCCCAGAGGACUAUUCCAACAAUCAAGAGCGGACAAUUACUAUUGCAUCAUCAGACGUGGACGCUGACGGCGCAGAUGAUGAGCAGAUGCAGUUAGCUAUGGCUAUAUGUAAGGCAGAGAUGGAUGAGGAAAAUGUUUCUUUGCAACGUAUCCUCCAGUCCUCCGAAGCAGAAGCACAAGAAAAGGAACUGCAACGAGUUCUUGAGCUGUCGAAAAUGGAGGUCUACCGAAAUCCGGAGGACGAGGAACUACAGGAAGCUAUCAAACUCAGUUUAACUGCAGAUCAUUCCUCGCCAGCAACCAAUCCGCCAACUGCGACAGCUGAACAAGUGCGCAUGAAGCGACAAGCAUUCCUGGAUAAACUUGAUCGACAGCACAAUAAGUGAUACGAUAAAAACUGUGGAAACUCAUCAACUGUGAUAUGACAGCCGCUUAUUUUGAGCAUUUUCGGCUGCCUACCGAAUGCCCCACCCAUCUGCACAUCCAACUUAGCGAUUACACACCAUUUCCAGAGUAAACAUGUAUAUUUAUCCGUAGAUUCCUAUUUGUUCCAUAGUGACUUCUCGUACUGGGGUUCUUGGUGUAGCUGACGAGCAGACUAUCAUCAAAGCAUGAAUGGCAGGUCCACAUUGUAUUCACCCGUCCCCACGUAGAUGGACCCAUACUUGUUCGUUCCUGGGAGAUGGUAGAGAACGUAUCCCAACCAUAGUAAACUCUUCACCAGGACCAAGCGACCCCCUCUUUCCAAAGUGAUGGACCAGCAUCCUAUA